AUGGCAGCUCCACCUCCCGAUCUACUGACCGACUCUGUCCCCGCCGCGCCCACUGGCCUGGCCGACGGUGGCUUUCCGGGAGGGCUGCCUGGAGGGCGCGCGCCUGAUCCCGGCGGGGUAGCGGGGCGCGCAACGGGUUUGACCGCCAUGGGCUUCUCGGCGGGCGGGCGGCGCAAUCCGUUGCGCGGAAAGAAGGCGGGCACGCCCGCCGUUGGCACCACCGAACGCGGACUGAUCUCCGCGGAGCAACCAGCAGCGGUUACUGUGCACGCGGCGAAGAAGCAUGUAGGAGGCAUGUGGGAGGAGAGGCAUGUGGGAGGAGGAGAGGCAUGUGGGAGGAGGAGAGGCAUGUGGGAGGAGGAGAGGCAUGUGGGAGGAGGAGAGGCAUGUGGGAGGAGGAGAGGCAUGUGGGAGGAGGAGAGGCAUGUGGGAGGAGAGGCAUGUGGGAGGAGGAGAGGCAUGUGGGAGGAGAGGCAUGUGGGAGGAGGAGAGGCAUGUGGGAGGAGAGGCAUGUGGGAGGAGGAGAGGCAUGUGGGAGGAGGAGAGGCAUGUGGGAGGAGAGGCAUGUGGGAGGAGGAGAGGCAUGUGGGAGGAGGAGAGGCAUGUGGGAGGAGAGGCAUGUGGGAGGAGGAGAGGCAUGUGGGAGGAGGAGAGGCAUGUGGGAGGAGAGGCAUGUGGGAGGAGGAGAGGCAUGUGGGAGGAGGAGAGGCAUGUGGGAGGAGGAUAGAAGCAUGUAGGGGGAAGCCCCUUCUCCCAGUUCCGUGCAUCGCUUCCUCGUUUCUCGCUCAACCGUCCUCAUCCUCCUCUGCCCUUACCUCUCUUUUCCUCCUCUGCCCCUUCCUCUCCUCCUUCGCCCUGUCCUAUCGGCCCUCCUCUCCCUUGCGCCCCUCCUGCGCGGCCCGGCGUGUGUCAGCUCGUGUCGUACGGCCAGCUCGCCACGGCUCUCAAGGAGGCAGCCGGAUCCACGGACCAGAGCAGAAGAAGCGGCAGCAGCUGGUGGCGCUUGUGUUCCCCAAGCUCGCUGUGUACAACUCCGUGGACCCCUCUCUCGCCACUGCUCUGCUGCUCGUGAGUGCCACCGCUCUGCUGCUCGUGAGUGCCACCGCUCUGCUGCUCGUGAGUGCCACCGCUCUGCUGCUCGUGAGUGCCACCGCUCUGCUGCUCGUGAGUGCCACCGCUCUGCUGCUCCUGCUGCAAGGGUCAUCGGACGUGGUGGUGCUGCGCUACUGCUACUACUUCCUCGCUCGCAUCCUCACUGAGAGUGCCAACGCUGGCAGCUACAACGAGGGCGGCGGCGUGCCCACCCCCAACUGGGACACCCUGGCUGACGUCUCUGCUGGUGCCGCCUCCCUCUCCCUCCCUCUCCAUCCCCCUCCUUCCCUUCCACAUGCCAUCCGCGCCCACAAUCUGGCAAGCAAGCCUGCUACUCUCACGCUGCUCCUCAUGACGCCUGUUGCGCUCUCCCUCAACUUCAAUGGGUCACAAGCGGCCACAAGGGCAGAGCUGCUCUCUCUCAUACUCUCUCGCCUCGCCACUGAAGCAUCCACCCCUGAUGUCGCUGUGCAUGCGCGGCGCAUGGCGGCGCUCAAGGCGCUGGCGUGUGCGCCCAUGGCCCACCAGGACGCCUAUGCUGCGCUUGUCCGCAUCAUUCUCGCCAUCCUUGACUCGUGCUUUUACGCUCUCUUGCUCUGCAGCAGGGCUCUCUUUGAGUCUCGUCUCCUGCGAUGCAACUCCUUCCCCGGCACUGCAUCCUCGUACCCCCCGUACUGCACCCCUCUCCACUGCACUGCAUCCUCUUCCGCCGCUUUCUACCCCCUUUCCCCGCACUGCACCGCGUGGCAGGUGACGGAGGACCGGAAGAAGCGGCGGCGGUGGAGGGAGCUGCUGCGGCGGGGCGCCAAGGCCAAGGACGCGGCGCUGCGGGGCAACCUCUUUGGCGCCGCGCUCUCCGCGCUGCGCCGCCUGCCGCUCGACCCCGCCUCCGAUGCCUUCGUCGAGCGCGUCGUGCUGGGCAUAGGGUGUGGGGAUGCAGUGGGGCUGCGCCAUGCGCUCUCCAUGGCGGCCGACAUCGCCCUCGUCAACCCCCUCGCCCUCGCCACCUCCAUCUCGCGCCUGGCGGGGGGGUCACUGGCGGCGGCCAUCAGGGCGCCCGACAUGUUUGCUCGAGUGUACCUCGCACGCCUCUGUGCUGCCCUCGUGCACGCCUCCCAGAUCUACGAUCGGGCUGACUUCAGAGGGCUGUUCUCGGCGUUUCUCUUCCAGCUGCUCUACGAUGCCAAUGUGCGCGUCUGCCUCGAAGCCAUCUGCUGCAUCACCGCCACCUUCUCUGCCAAAGUCGAACCCACCACGGCGCAGCGGGCGGAUGGGUGGCAGAUUCUGACCACCUCGCUCAUGGACACGCGCGGGGCGGCGAGGGACCUCGCGGGCGGCAAGGCCGGGGGCUCCAAGGAGAAGGAGGCCAUGCCCCUGCCGCCCUCCUACGACCUCGUGCUCAAGGUGGUGGCGCAUAGGGUGGACUAUGCGCUGCGCAGCACAUCACGGCCCAUGCUGCACGCGGCGCUGAGGGCGGUGGCGGAGGUGGGCAAGGCGCGCGCGGCAGCACUCUCCCUGGGGCUCUUCACAGAGGCGCCGCAGCUGCCACAGGACGACGCUGCUGACUUCCAGCAGGGUGUGCCGCCCUUCCCUCCUCUCUCACUCUCUCCCUCCUCUCUCGCUCUCUCCCUCCUCUCUCGCUCUCUCCCUCCUCUCUCGCCCUCUCCCUCCUCUCUCGCCCUCUCCCUCCUCUCUCGCCCUCUUUCUCCUCUCUCGCCCUCUCCCUCCUCUCUCGCCCUCUCCCUCCUCUCUCGCCCUCUCCCUCCUCUCUCGCCCUCUCCCUCCUCUCUCGCCCUCUCCGUCCUCUCCGUCCCCUCCGUCCCGUCGCCGUCCCCUCUCCGUCCCCUCUCGCCCCCUUGCUGCUGCUCUCCCUCCGCUCGCUUCACUUGGACGAUGGGCAAGCAGGCGGCCCCCAAGGAGAAGGUGACGGUGGACUCGCUGCUGGCAGCCCUCAUGGAGGCCGUGCGCUGCACCGUCGCCUGCGAGUGCGUCUACGCACUGAAGGCGAUGAUAUGGAUGCAGAGUGAGUACGAGUCGAGCGCGGAGCUCAAGGCCACGCUGCUGGGCGAGCUGGACGACCCCGCCUGGCCCGCCGCCCUCCUCAACGACCUCCUUCUCACCCUCCACGCGCGCUUCAAGGCCACGCCAGACAUGGCAGUCACCAUUCUGGAUCUCGCCAGCCUCUUCGUCACAAGGGUGCCCUCCAAAGUCGACACCACCACCCUGCAGGCGCUCUGGAAGGUGCUCCCCCUUGCCCCCUCCCUCAUUUCCCCUCCCCGCUCCCUCUCCCCGCUCCCUCUCCCCGCUCCCUCUCCCCGCUCCCUCUCUCCGCUCCCUCUCCCCGCUCCCUCUCCGCGCUCCCUCUCCCCGCUCCCUCUCCCCGCUCCCUCUCCCCGCUCCCUCUCCCCGCUCCCUCGCCCCGCUCUCUCUCCUCGCUCCCUUUCGCCGCUCUCUCUCUUCGCUCCCUCUCCCCGCUCCCUCUCCUCGCUCCCUCUCCUCGCUCCCCCUCAUCGCUCCCUCCCCUCGUUCUUUUCUCCUCCCGUUCCUACGUGUCUGGUGGGCUGUGGUCCACAGGGCAAGCAUCUGGCGCUGGAGGCCGUCAGCACCGUGCUCGACCUGCCUCCCCCGCCCCCGCCCCAGCUGCCCUCCUCUCACGGCGCUGCUGCUGUCAGCGCCGCGCCCAUCUCACACCCGCGCUCCGCCAUCGCCCUUCAGCGCAUCACCCACGCCGCUGUACGCCCCUCACCUGCUGCUUCACCUGUUCGCUCACCCCCACUCUAUUCGCUCUCUCUCUUUCCCAAUCUAUUCACUCCAUAUCUUUCCGCUGUACGUGCCCCGUCUCUUGCCUGUUCUAUGUGCCCCAUCUGGUUUCUGGGGGAGAACGCCAACUUUGCGGCGGGCGAGUACGCGUGGGAGAGUGCGACGCCGCCCGGGGCGGCGCUGAUGCUGCUGGACGCGGAGAGCAUGGUGGCGGCGGCUGGCAUGCGCAACCCCACGCUCGCCCAGGCCAUGCAGCGCCUGCAGCGCACCGCCACCACCGGUGCCUGGGAGGACCGGGUGGUGGCGGUGUAUGCGCUGAUGACGGUGGCGCUGCGCUCAGGCGAGCCGUACCGCCUGCAGAUCUACGAGUUCUUCCACGCCCUCUUCUACGGCGGUGGCUCCUCCCGCAAGGUGCGGGGCAUGGCACUGGGCGUAUCAAACGGCGAGGACAGGGGCGCCAGUGGCACAGGACUGGGGGGCAUCAUUGCACCCAUGCUAAGAGUGCUGGACGAGAUGUACCGCUGCCAGGAUGUCAUGAUGCGGGACAUACGGCUGCACGAGUUCAGUGGGGAGGAGUGGCAGGAGGAGCAGCUGGAGCGCAUAUACGACAUGCACGAGCGCCUCAUGGACCUCGCGCUGCUCUUCUGCUUCGUGCCGCGCCACAAGUACCUCCCCCUCGGCCCCAUGAGUGCGCGGCUGACAGCGCAGUACCGGGCGCGGCGGGGCAUGGAGGCGGGGGUGGGGCGCAGUGAGGCGGAGCUGAGGGCCACUCUCGAGGGGCUGCUGCGCCACACCGGCUCCGCCCCCAAGGACGCCGCCGUCUUCCCCCCGCUCACCCUCCUCGAACCCCUCGCUGACUUCCCCACUGCGGGCGCCCUCAAGGUGACGGACAUGCUGGGCGGCGGUGGAGACGAGAGCCUGUCAGUACCGGCAACGCCGCGGCGGUACGAGGGCAUGGCGAGUGCGUUUGAUGCGGUGGCGGGCGACACAGGCAUGGGCAGCACCUUUGAUGACGUGUACGCGUCGUCGCUGCUCGAGGCCGACGAUGAUGCCGAGAGCGAGGUGUCGGACGGCUCGGCAUCACCCACGCCGUCCACCACAGCAGAGGCGUUUGGCAACAUCCGCAACUGGGACGAGGAGAGCCUGUCAGGCGACAAGGGGGCAAGCGGAGCAUCAGCAGGGCAGUCGGCGGCACAGGCAGGGCGGGGGAGGGGGGGCGAGGAGGAGGAGGACGAGGGGUACGACUACGAGGCGGAGCUGCGCAGGCGGGCGGGCGACAGCGGCGCAAAGCAGAGAGGCCGCGCGCUCUACGCUUUUAUUGCAGGCGAUGAGGACGAGCUGUCACUGAGUGUGGGGGAGGAGGUGGAGAUAGAGUACGAGGCGGACGGGUGGUACCAUGCCAGGAAGGUCAACCCCGCUCCCGAUGGCAAGCAGGCGGGCUUCGUGCCCGUGCUCUACCUGGACACACGCUGA